AAAACCCAUGCAAUAUUAUCACAACGCACAUAAUAUAAGGAGAAUAAUUUUUUAUUAAGUUAGUCAAACGUAACGAUACACUGCAAGUUUAAAUAUGGCGAGUAGGCAAAAUUCUGCAAAAAAUCGUCGAGGAGGACAAUAUUGUGUUGCUGGUUGGCCCAACGGAAAAAGUUGUACAAACAGUCAACACACAGAGGGUGUCUCAGUACAUCGUUUCCCCAUGAAUGACAAGGAGAGGCUGAGUAAAUGGACAAAAUUUGUUAGGAGACAUAGGCCAAAAUUCGUUCCUCAACAGUACUCUGUGCUAUGUUCAAUGCAUUUCGCAGAUUCUGCAUUCACCGUGAACGCAACAGUUGCAAAAUCGCUAAACAUGAGACGACAAUUGCGCUCUGAUGCUGUUCCAACCAUAGACUCUGUAAAAGGCAUUUCAAUCCAAGGUGUUGCGUGAAGUAACACGAAGUGU